UUCUUGAAACACCUGGAACACCUGCCAAUACCAAAUGGAGCGUUUGUUUAUAGUCCUCGAUUCUCAAAAGUGUCUUUUGAAGAUGAAGAGAAACCAAAUGACACUCCAUGACUUUUGAACAAUUAACAAUUAAUAACAGAGAUGUGGAAGGCGAAAGUGAUCACCGCCUCCGAUCGCAUCUUCCCAGGGCUGAUCUAUCAUGAUCGCGAGAAACAGUUUUACGAUGCCGGGAACAUCAUCAAGUCUAGUCUACCCUUGCAAAUGGCUUUGUACUUCAAUCUCUGGCUGUUUCCAAUCUGGUUUUUCGUUAUUUUUUUAGGAAUAGACGCGAAGUAUUAUUAUCUUAGCAGUAUCUACAAAUUUAUCACUGUGACAUUAUACAUCACUAUUUCAGUACUUGAGUGCCUCAGGCUGUGGUUCGGGUACCUCGGAAAUUUAGUUGAAAAGAUCCCUGAAUUAGCUAGUUUCUGGCUACUCUCCACUCUCCUCCAAUUUCCUUUGAUGAUGUUCAUGUUCUGGGACGACAAUAUGCAACUAUUCCUCAUCGAGAGAACAGCCACCGGCCUGAUGAUUCUCCUAGUGAUUGCUGAAAUAAUCAGUGGAACAAUAGCCCUGAAGAAUAUCGCUGAGCAUCACUCCAAGAGGUUUUACAUGGCUCAGCUUUGUGGAAUUGACAACAAGUACUGACGACGUGAGAAGGCAGUUGGAAGUGGGUACUUCAGGACAUUCCCAACAGAGUCCUCAGCGAAUACUGUUAAUGGAGAGAGACACUGGGAGGG